AUGUUUUCCACUUCUCAGAAUUUCAAUUCUAUCAACAAGCCCUCCAAGCCGAGCAGACUUUCGAAAAGCCUCAAGUCCUGCCUAGUCACUCAACCCAUCAAGGCCGUCGCAGACUUGGGCAAGAAGGUCCACACUCCUCGUUCCCCAGAAAACGUUGCCUUAAAGCAAACGGCCCAACCAGAGCCGGGAUCUCAGACAAAGUCCUGCCUCAGAAAGACAAUUUUGACACCGGAUUUGAUCGCGCCAAAGAAGUCAGUUCGUUUCGCCGAAGACACCAUGGACCCCAACAUGUCGAUUACCUCGCAAACAUCAAAUCCAACCAUUUUCAGCCCGCUCGACAUCCCCAUUGUACGAGACGGUACAGGAACAGCAAUUCCUCAGUCCAACACGACAGAGCUCAAGAUGAAGCCCUGCUUGAAGAAGACCCAGGGACAACCCGCUUCGGUCCCGGCUAAGAAAUCAGUUCACUUCCCCGAUGACACCAUGGACCCCAAACCAUCGGCUAGUUCGCACACGUCAAACAAAAUUCUUCUCGGCCAUCCCAACGUCCCCUACGUGUCAGAGGAUGCACGAAGGACGAACAUACCCGCUCGCGUCGACGAGCAAACAGAAAAUGAGGCUCCUAACGCAAGGUCAAACAAGCCCCCAGCUUUCACCCUCCCGAUGCUCAAAGGGAAGGUAUACGUGGUGACCGAUCCCGCCCUCGUUCUCUCCGUCCUACGCAACCGCUCUUUCACCUUCGACCCAUUUAUGAGGGGUUUCAUCCAAGGUCUUACCGGCACCCUUCCGGAAACCAUGGACAUAUGGGACGAUCCAACCUUUUACGGAACCUAUGUGAAGAUCGUGUGGGAUGGUAUGGCAGGAAACUCACUUCUCCAACUCAACGUCUCGGUGAUCGACAACGUGGCGAAGGCUCUGAAGAGGUUGGAAGCGAGUAUCGAAGUGGAAAACCUGUACGAAUGGAACCGCAAGCUCUUCACCGUUGCCAGCACCAACUCGCUAUACGGCUCUAAGAAUCCGUUCGGGCAGGACGAAACGCUCGUGGAGGCGUACUGGACAUACGAAAGCCAGACCCAAAGACUUAUCCCAAAUAUCCUGCCCUCUCUGGUAGCGCCAAGCGGCCACCGAGCGCGCCGCGACGUACUCGGUGCCUUGACUCACUACUUCGAAGCAGGCGACUCAUCACUACCAGAUGUUCCUCCAAUCGUCAGAGAUCGAAGAAAGCACACCGCCGCAUACAACAUACCCGCGCCCGAGGCAGCCUCUCUAGAACUCGCCUUCAUCCACGGAGCCAUUUCCAACACAUUCCCCACAUACUACUGGCUCUUCGCCGAAAUCUUCAGCCGACCCGAUCUCGUAGCGAGUCUUCGCGCUGAAGCCGCGGCUGUGAUCGAAGAGACGGCGGGAGUAGAAGACGGGAAAAGAGUAGUUAUACUCCACGCAAACAAACUCCAAGAGCGCUGCCCGCUGCUGAUGUCCUGCUUCCGCGAGACGCACCGACUAUACGGCCGCGGCAUCUUGUUCAGGAAGGUCUUGGCCGAUACCACCAUCUCGGACGGGGCAGCGCAGAACUUCCUGCUGAAGAAGGGCUGGACGCUUCACAUCCCGCAGGAGGUGCUGCAUUUGGACGACAACGCUUGGGGCGAAGACGCGAACGAGUUCGUGGGAGAACGAUUCCUGAAGAUGUCGAGAGACGCGAACGAGAACAUCGCGACCUUCACGCCGAAGGGUUUCGUGGGUUUCGGAGGUGGCAAGCAUAUUUGUCCUGGUCGGCAUUUCGCAAGCGGAGAACUUCUGGGAUCGAUGGUUCUGCUGCUCGUCGGGUUCGAUGUCACGAGUAUGAGCGGAGGAGCAAUCACGGUCCCGAAGACGGCCGAGAUUCCGCUGACGGGAUCGCAUGGCAAGCCUUUUCCUGGAAGCGACUUGAGAGGGAUAAUCAGGAGGCGGGCGGGAUGGGAGAAUGUUUACUGGAAAGUUGUUGCUUGA